AUGACAGAAAGCCAACGUACUGUAGCUCUCCACGAUAAUAUAGACGGGUUGAAUUUUAUUGCACCUGGCGACCCACCACCUGCCCUAAGGCAACUGUUACUAAUAACAAAACAACUCUAUGAAACUGACGUUUACAAAAACUGUUAUCACAACUGGGGAAUAAAAAAAUCUCCGACAGAGUUUAAUAUUUUUUUGCACUUCAUAAUAAGAAUGCUGAGGUCGCGAUCACAAGGGUCAGUCUGCGAGCAAGAGGCGAAGUUUGUUCAAGACAGAAUAACUGGGGUAGAAAAACAUUUCGCUGAAUUGUGCACUUCAUUUGCUGCAUUCACGAGAAAAGCAGCUAGAUUACGCGAUAAAAAUGACGAAGUUGCUAAGGUGAUACAGACGUACGCAGAGUCUGAGACGAUUAAUCGAUCAUUGAGCAGUGGAUUGACAAACUUUUCAACAACUUUAUCGGUGAUUGGGGAUUACAGAGAUGCAGAAGUUCGCCGAUUGGAUUCAAAAAUCAUCGCUCCACUCUCUCAAUACUCAACAGUUUGUAAACAUGCUCGUGAGGAAGUGAAGAAUACAUUCACAGCUAGAGAGCGGGAAUUGGUGAAAAGAAGACAACUGGAGAAGGUGCGGGAGAGAAAUCCCAGAAAUAGACAAGUCAUUUCUCAAGCUGAAUCAGAGCUGAUGAAAGCAACAGUCGAAGUAUCGCGAGUUGUAAAAGGACUGGAAGAGCAAAUAGAUUCCUUUGAAAAACAAAAACUGUACGACGUUAAGCACUUGCUCCUCGAUUUUGUUAACAUCGAGCUGAGUUUCCAUACAAAGACAGUGGAACUCCUGACAAAAGCUUAUCGAGACAUUGCUGAGAUCGAUGAAGCUAAGGACUUAGAGGACUAUCAAGUAGCCAGAGGAGAGCAUAGCGGGGAAUUUCGAGAGGUUUUGAACAUUCCUGAUACAAUGGCACGACUGGACACGGUGAGAAGGACAUCCUUUCGCCAGUCCCACUCUCUGGGGAACAUUGCUAAUCGUCUCGCAUCCUCCCCAUUGAAUUUAAAAAAAUUAACGAGCAGACCUGCACAAUCAAUCGAUUCACUGAAAGCAGGUUCAUCUGACUCAGUCCACGUUGAGGAGUAUGGAGACUCCAGCGAAGAAGAGGAAUCCGAGGAGUCCAUGGAACAACGUCCAGUGUUACCAAAGACAGUAAUCCCUAAGUCCCCCAGGAAAUUCGUCCUGAGACUCUUCCCCCCGAUGGCUCGAGGUUGAAGCUCCUUACCCUGUUUCCCGAUGAAAAACAUGAUCUCCUGAAACGCCCCAAAUGAUAGCUACA